UACGAUAUAUAUAGGAACAAGAAACACAGCGCAUUUCAAACUGCUCCCCGUGCAUUUGUUUCCUGAUGUUUCCCCAUGCUCGCUUUCUUAAGCACCCUCUCCUACGAGAGCACCGCAAUGCAAGAACACGUAGGAACGGACCGACACAGAGAAAUCCGCCUGUGCGCGUUGCCGCCAAAUCAGUCAGCGCGACAGAGGCGCUGGAGAGGGAGAAGGCCUGUGAAGCUCCAGCGUCUCCAUGGCAACCGCUAAGGAAACAGCAUGGCGACUGAGGACAAGGAAGCCGCUGCAGCGGAGUCUGCAAUAACUGAAAUCCAUAAGAAGAUCACUGAGGCUUUUGAGGUGUUUGACCAUGAGUGUAAUAAAACUGUGGAUGUCAGGGAGAUUGGUACAAUCAUUAGGUCAUUAGGAUGCUGCCCAAGUGAAGGGGAUCUACAUGAUAUGAUUGCAGAGGUAGAAGAAGAAGAACCAACUGGGUUUAUUCGUUUGGAAAAAUUUCUUCCCAUGAUGACUAGAGUAUUGACAGAAAGAAGGUACCGCCCAAUUCCAGAAGAUAUUCUUUUACGUGCAUUUGAGGUUUUAGACCAGAAUAAAUGUGGACAUCUUACUAAAGAUGAGCUGGUCAAGUACAUGACUGAAGAAGGUGAGCCUUUCACUCAAGAAGAAAUGGAGGAAAUGCUGUCUGCUGCUGUGGAUCCAGAAACAAAUAAUGUUCGCUACAAAGACUACAUCUCAAUGAUGGUUGUGGAUGAAAAACUAAGGACUUCUUGUGUAACUCAUAUAGGUCUGAACCUUUUGCUUGGUGCUUGUUGA